CAACGGCGGUGCAGACAACAGACCAGCUCAAUGUGGUGGACGGCCGCCGAGCCGAGAAGGUGCCGUUGAUUGCCGGCUGUGUCAUAUGAUUCGACCUGGGCCAUCUAUCUUUGUAUUAUCCCGUUAUUAUAACGUGAGACGGGGAAAAGCAGGCAGUGGGAUCCGUGACGUAACCGUUUCCAUAGGCGACUGAUCCGCCGGCUGAGCCAAUGGGGACGUACACAAGGGUCCAUGGCCAUCCUCCUGACAUGCAUCACAUGUCCCCGGCGGUGUUGUGACAGUGCGGUGGGCGGGACUCUGCCUCUGGUCGGGGGAGCGCGUCCAGUCCCUCGCUGAGACUGAGGGGGAACGUAAGAGAGAAGGGGACCUGGGCUGUUUUUCAGGGAACCGAUUUCCCUUUCAGAUCCGGGUGUCUGGGGUUCUCUGGCUCUGUGGAUGAUCCUCAGUCAACAUGAAAGACUAGGAGCUCAGCUCUCCGAGGGGAAAUGGCUUUCUGUACUCCGUCCCAGUCUGGCGCCCUGGCCGGCUGCCCCAGCUGCCUCUGAGAGGAGCCCCGCUCCGCGGCCCAUGGGAGCCACGCCUGCACUCGCUCGCUCCAGGAUUUAAAGCAACCCUUUUUUAAUAUAUCGCCGCUCCCCCUACCAGAGAGCCACCUGCCCCCCCCCCCCCCCCCCCCUCCCCGGGACACGACCCCCCCUUCCGGCACUGUUGAGCAGCGAGGCGGGGUGCUGUGCGGCGGACACGAUGGCCAACAACUCGUACAGCGGCGUCAAGAACUCCGUCGUGGAGAACAACCAUGGCGGGGACUUCGGGUGCUCGCUCAAAGACCUGCGCUCGCUCAUGGAACUGCGUGGUGCAGAGGGGCUGGGCAAGAUAGGGGAGAGCUACGGGGACGUUCACGGACUCUGCGCCCGCUUGAAAACGUCGCCCGUCGAUGGUCUUAGCGGACAACCUGCAGACAUCGAGAAACGGAAAACUGCGUUUGGGGAGAAUCUAAUACCUCCUAAAAAGCCAAAAACCUUCCUUCAGUUAGUAUGGGAAGCAUUACAAGACGUGACGCUCAUCAUUCUGGAGGUGGCGGCCAUAGUUUCAUUAGGCCUCUCUUUCUACCAACCCGAAGACGCUGAUAGAACUAAUUGUGGGCGGGCCGCCGGGGGCAUGGAGGAGGAGGGCGAGGCGGAGGCGGGCUGGAUCGAGGGCGCCGCCAUCCUGCUGUCGGUCGUGUGCGUGGUGCUGGUGACGGCCUUCAACGACUGGAGCAAAGAGAAGCAGUUCCGGGGGCUGCAGAGCCGCAUCGAGCAGGAGCAGAAGUUCACCGUGGUCCGGGGAGGACAGGUCAUCCAGAUCCCCGUGGCGGAGAUCGUGGUCGGGGACGUCGCACAGGUCAAAUACGGAGACCUGCUGCCUGCCGACGGCGUCCUCAUCCAAGGGAACGACCUCAAGAUUGAUGAGAGUUCCCUCACAGGGGAGUCGGAUCACGUCAAGAAAACACAGACAAAAGAUCCCAUGCUGUUGUCGGGCACCCACGUCAUGGAGGGCUCGGGGAAAAUGUUGGUCACGGCCGUGGGCGUGAACUCCCAGACCGGGAUCAUCUUCACCCUGCUGGGAGCCAACGAAGAAGAGGAGGACGAUGAGGAGGAGAAGAAGAAGAAGGAGGAGAAGAAGAAACAGAGGAAAAACAAGAAGCAGGAAGGUGCUGCCGAGAACCGCAAGAAAGCCAAGGCCCAGGAUGGUGCCGCCAUGGAGAUGCAGCCGCUGAACAGCGACGAAGGCGGCGACGCCGAGGAGAAGAAGAAGACCAGCCCUCCGAAGAAGGAGAAGUCGGUCCUGCAGGGCAAGCUGACCAAGCUUGCCGUCCAGAUCGGCAAAGCAGGUCUGGUGAUGUCGGCCAUCACCGUCCUCAUCCUGGUGGCCCUGUUCGCCGUCGACACCUUCUGGGUGCAGAACCUGCCCUGGGUCAAGGACUGCACGCCCAUAUACGUCCAGUUCUUCGUCAAGUUCUUCAUCAUCGGCGUGACGGUGCUGGUGGUGGCCGUGCCCGAGGGCCUGCCCCUGGCCGUCACCAUCUCCCUGGCUUACUCCGUCAAGAAAAUGAUGAAGGACAACAACCUGGUGCGGCACCUGGACGCCUGCGAGACCAUGGGCAACGCCACGGCCAUCUGCUCGGACAAGACGGGCACGCUCACCAUGAACCGCAUGACAGUGGUGCAGGCCUUCCUCGCCGACAAGCACUUCCGCAAGGUCCCCGAGCCGGACAAGCUGCCCCCCGCCACCCUGGACAUCCUGGUGCUGGGAAUCGGGGUCAACUGCGCCUACACCACCAACAUCAUGUCCCCGGAGAAGGAGGGCGGGCUCCCGCGGCAGGUGGGCAACAAGACGGAGUGCGCCCUGCUGGGCUUGGCCUCCGACCUGAAGCGCGACUACCAGGCGGUGCGCAACGAGAUCCCAGAGGAGAAGCUGUACAAGGUGUACACCUUCAACUCCGUCCGCAAGUCCAUGAGCACCGUGCUGAAGAACGCCGACGGCAGCUACCGCAUGUUCAGCAAGGGGGCGUCGGAGAUCCUCCUCAAAAAGUGCUGUAAGAUCCUGACGGCCAGCGGCGAGCCCAAGGUGUUCCGGCCGCGGGACCGAGACGACAUGGUGCAGAAGGUGAUCGAGCCCAUGGCGUCGGAGGGCCUGCGCACCAUCUGCAUGGCCUACCGCGACUUCCCCGCCUCGGAGGGCGAGCCCGACUGGGACAACGAGACCGACAUCCUGUCCCGGCUCACCUGCAUCUGCGUGGUGGGCAUCGAGGACCCCGUCAGACCGGAGGUACCGGACGCCAUCAGGAAGUGCCAGCGCGCUGGAAUCACGGUGCGCAUGGUUACCGGCGACAACAUCAACACGGCACGCGCCAUCGCCUCCAAGUGCGGCAUCCUGAACCCCGGAGACGACUUCAUCUGCGUGGAGGGCAAGGAGUUCAACCGCAGGAUCCGCAACGAGAAGGGAGAGGUUGAUCAAGAACGCCUCGACAAGCUAUGGCCCAAACUGCGAGUGCUGGCCCGCUCCUCCCCAACAGACAAACACACACUGGUCAAAGGUAUCAUCGACAGCACCGUCCUGGAGCAGAGGCAGGUGGUCGCGGUGACAGGAGACGGAACCAACGACGGGCCCGCUCUGAAGAAGGCCGACGUGGGCUUUGCCAUGGGCAUCGCUGGCACCGACGUGGCCAAGGAGGCGUCGGACAUCAUCCUGACGGACGACAACUUCUCCAGCAUCGUGAAGGCGGUGAUGUGGGGCCGGAACGUCUACGACAGCAUCUCCAAGUUCCUGCAGUUCCAGCUCACCGUCAACGUGGUGGCCGUCAUCGUGGCCUUCAGCGGCGCCUGCAUCACCCAGGACUCCCCGCUGAAGGCGGUGCAGAUGCUGUGGGUGAACCUGAUCAUGGACACCUUCGCCUCGCUGGCCCUGGCCACGGAGCCCCCCAACGAGGCCCUGCUGCUCAGGAAGCCGUACGGCCGCAACAAGCCCCUGAUCUCCCGCACCAUGAUGAAGAACAUCCUGGGCCAGGGCGUGUACCAGCUCGUCAUCAUCUUCACCCUGCUGUUCUGCGGUGAGAAGAUCUUCAACAUCGACAGCGGCCGUAACGCCCCCCUCCACGCCCCCCCCUCGGAGCACUACACCAUCGUCUUCAACACCUUCGUCAUGAUGCAGCUCUUCAACGAGAUCAACGCCCGCAAGAUCCACGGCGAGAGGAACGUCUUCGACGGCAUCUUCAGGAACCCCAUCUUCUGCUCCAUCGUGUUCGGCACCUUCAUCAUCCAGAUCGUCAUUGUGCAGUUCGGUGGGAAGCCGUUCAGCUGCGUGGCGCUGACCACGGACCAGUGGCUGUGGUGCACCUUCCUGGGCUUCGGCAGUCUGCUGUGGGGACAGGUGAUCGCCACGGUCCCGACCAGCCGGUUGAAGUUCCUGAAGUCGGCCGGCCACGGGACGCAGAAGGAGGAGAUCCCCGACGACGAGCUAGACGACCUGGACGACAACGACGAGAUCGACCACGCGGAGCGAGAGCUGCGCCGCGGGCAGAUCCUCUGGUUCCGGGGCCUCAACCGCAUCCAGACGCAGAUGGAUGUAGUGAGCGCCUUCCAGAGCGCCAGCUCCUUUCAGGGGGUGCUCAGGCGCCAGGCGUCCAACUCCAGCCAGCCGCAGCACGAUAUCCGGGUGGUGAAUGCAUUCCGCAGCUCCGUGUCCCUCUAUGAGGGCAUGGAGAAGCCCGACCCGCGAUCCUCCAUCCAUAACUUCAUGAGCCACCCCGAGUUCACCAUCGAGGACUCGGAGACGCACAUCCCCCUGAUCGACGACACCGACGCCGAGGACGACGCGCCCACCAAGCGCAACUCGGCCAGCCCCCGCAACGCCUCGCCCGCCCCGCCCUCGCCCGGCCCCGCCCCCGGGAGCCCCGCGCCCAGCCCCGCCCCCACGCCCCCCCUCCAGGGCCCCGAGCCCCCGCCGGCCACGCCCAACCAGAACAAUAACGCCGUGGAGAGCAACAACCACCUCCACGUCGGCCUGAAGCCGCCGGCCCCCACCGCCUCGCCGCUGGCCAGCCCCGGGAGCCCCCUGCACAGCCUGGAGACCUCCCUCUGAACCCCCACCGAGGGAGGGGGCCCUCACAGCCUGGAGACCUCCCUCUGAUCCCCCCCCCAGGGAGGGGGCCCUCACAGCCUGGAGACCUCCCUCUGGUCCCCCCCCAGGGAGGGGGCCCUCACAGCCUGAAGGGGGCCCUCACAGCCUGGAGACCUCCCUCUGAUCCCCCCCCAGGGAGGGGGCCCUCACAGCCUGGAGGGGGCCCUCACAGCCUGGAGGGGGCCCUCACAGCCUGGAGGGGGCCCUCACAGCCUGGAGACCUCCCUCUGAUCCCCCCCCAGGGAGGGGGCCCUCACAGCCUGGAGGGGGCCCUCACAGCCUGGAGGGGGCCCUCACAGCCUGGAGGGGGCCCUCACAGCCUGGAGACCUCCCUCUGAUCCCCCCCCCCAGGGAGGGGGCCCUCACAGCCUGGAGGGGGCCCUCACAGCCUGGAGGGGGCCCUCACAGCCUGGAGACCUCCCUCUGAUCCCCUGGGGCCGGAGGGGCCACACUGCUACUACUACUACUACUACUACUACUACUACUACUACUACUACUACUACUACGACACACACACACCCCUGACACCACCUCCCUCAGUCCCUCCACACACACACACACAUACACAUACACACAUACACACACACUCUGCUCCACGCACACCACCACUUUACCGCCCAGCUCGGGAGGAAGCUCUGACGACCGGACAGAUGCACUAGCAGGGGAAGGGGAGAGGAAACGAGGAGACAAGGAGAGGAGUCAAGGAGGGGUCGCAGGCUCCUCGGGGGGUAGCAGGGGGGUCCGGGAUUGGCCCGGCUGGGCUUCGGUGAUACAUCAGACAUUGGUUCAGAGUGGAGGGUUUUGGUUGGUGUGGAUGCAUUUGUCUUUUUAAACAUUUUUUCUCUCGCCCCCCCCACCCCCGGACUCCCCGACCUCACCCCCCCCCACCCCCGGACUCCCCGACCUCGCCCCCCCCACCAACCUUCCUCCGUGGUAUAAUUGUCUUUUUCUCGGUGCACGAGAGGUGUGAUUACAAACUCGGAUUGAAAGUGACCUGUUUUUAUUAUUAUUAUUAUUAUUGUUGUUGUUGUUAUUCUUAUUCUUCUUCUUAUUAUUAUUGAUUGAGGAGAAGAAGCUCCUCCUGGCUUGAUGAUCGGCUGUACGAAUUUAAAAGAAUCUCUACGCUUUUAUCUGAAUGAUGUAUAUUUAGCUCUCUGGCCCUCGCUCAUUCAAAGCCUCUGCUCCAUUGGCUGUUAAUAUUCUGAACUAUUUAUGUUUUUUUUUUUUUGAUAAAGCAGGUCUGUUUACAAAGUUUGUAGAUACUUUUUUUCUGUUCGUGGGCAAAAAGAGCUUCCUGGCGUACGAUCGAAUUAAAACUGGGGACAGUUUAAAAAAACUAAAAAGAAGAGACACAAAAGAUCGAAUGAGACACUAUUUCAGAUACUGCUGUAUUUUCAGGAAAAAAAAGGGUGUUUCUAUGGAAACCUAACUAUUUUUGCCUGCACGUUUUACUUGUUAUAUAUUUGUAGAUAAAUAUAAAACUCUCUAGCCAAACAGAUAAACACUAAGGCUUGUGAAACAGUGGAACAGAGGUCUGCCGCAGGGGAUUUCACAGGAAAAAGGGUGUUUGUAGGACAAACCGGACCUCUCUCCACUCACAUUUCUAUGUAAAGUUUCUGAGGAGCUCCGAGUUCUAUUCACUCACUCAUUCAUUCAGUCAUUCAUGGGUUUAUCGAUUGCAUUCAAGGGCUCUGGACACCUUGAUGGUCACGUUUUGAAAGGGUAUGUUCUUAAGAGUUUUUGAAAACUGCUGGUUGACCUACACAUUGUCCUUCUCUUGAUUUCUUUCCUCUCCUUUUUUUACAUCAGUCCCUGCCAAUGUACAAUAUUCAUAUUUGUUUACUCAGGCAUAGAAAGGAAUUAAUACAACAGCAACAAAAAAAAUCGACUAAGACGGAAUCUUUUAACUUAACUUUUGUCUUUAGUAGGGAAAUGUUGUCUCUGGUCAAAUCAAAUUGAUUUUUUUCCCUUCAUAUUUCAUUCAAUCUUUAAGAUCUCUCUUUCGAACAACUUUAUGCAUCCCUCUAUCCCAUAUCUAUUUUGUUGACUUUUAAAAAAUAAUCCCUCACCACAAAAAAAUAAACAGUUUGUAUCGUCCAUCUUUGUCCAUAAGACUCCUUCUACCACCACCAUGAAAAUGUUGCUGCAUCUGGGUUGUUUGUAAAAUAUUUUUGACACCUGAUGUACUGGAAACAAACAAAAAAAAAAAAGGAUUUGACACGUCAACAUAAACGACACAUACACUGGUAUCUGCACAGGGUACUUUAUUUCAUAGCGUCCCUUGGGGAACAAAUUUUGAUACACACCAGACAAAUUGUACCUUUGUAUUUUUAUGACGACACAGUUGCUAACCUUUCCUCCUACUCGCAGAACGCGAGACUUGACACACAAAAACGCGGGACUGGGGUGGGGGGGGCUUCGGGCUCUAGAGAAUUAAAACAAAUGGGUGUAAAUUGGUGUGAUAGGAAUAUUCUUCUCAGGGUGCACACGUUUUGAAAGAGAACCGGCUUCUAUAGAAGAGUUUGCGGUCAAAAUUGUAAUGCAUUGUGAAACCGAUUGGGGGAAUUCCUUGGCCGGCACGGUGACUGCAUAGCAUCGCUCCUGGUAUGAACCUGGAGGACGGAGGCACAAGGGAAAUGUUAACCACAAUAAUACAUAACGUUAUUUUCUGGAAAUGUUUUCUUUUUUUUUUGUCAUGUUUUACAGAUGAAAUAAAGCAGCUUGAUAUGGCGUACAAACUGAAGGAUGAGAAAAAAGCAGUAUCCAUACAAAGGAGUUUGUUCCGUAGCUUCUUCCUGUAACGG